AUGUCCCAGGAACGUAGGGCAUACUUCCUUUUCCUGUUCCUUUUGCUGGGCCAUGGAGUGGCGAGUUCCACGGCUCCGACUUCCUGGCCGGAUUUGCAUCCAUUGUUGCAAAAAAUGGCUGAAGAAAUAAUAGAUGGAAGCUAUCUGAAUGCAUUACUGGAUCUUAUGCAGUUUCAAAGCUCCCACAUGUGGACAGCAGACCUGCCUCACAGAGUCCUGGCCUAUCUGAAUUCACGGAAUGUGACCUUCACCAUCCCCAGCCUGCAGGCAGCCAUGGGGAUCCAGUUGCAGCAGCGGGUGUACCAGCCGCAGAAACUGCUGGAGGACCUGAGGGAGACAGAUGACCGACAGCUGCACACCGCCAUGAAAUGCCUCUUAGGAGGCAAGAAGGACCGCUUGGAGCUGGGCGACAUUGUCAUUGACUUGUCAGAGAUUCGGAAGCAAGCCUUGCAGAGCCCGGGUGUGAACCGCAGCCUGUUUCUCGUCACGCUGGAGAGGUGUUUCCAGGUGCUGAACGCCCUGGAGUGCGUGCAGGUCCUGGGCAGGCUGCUGCGGGGGUCCUCGGGCAGCUUCCUCCAGCCGGACAUCACAGAGAAGCUGCCGCGGGACCUGAGCCGCGAUGCCUUCAAGAACCUAUCCGCGGUGUUCCGAGAUGUCUAUGACCAGACCUCAGCCCACGCGCAGACGGCGCUCUUCUCCUGGAUGGCGGGAAUCCUGCGCGCCUCUUUCAACGCCACUGAUGACUCUGUUUCAUGGGUCAGUGCAGAAAGCUUAUGGAUUUUGGGAAGAUACAUGGUUCAUCUAUCAUUUGAAGAGAUUCUGAAAAUUAGUCCUAGAGAAAUCGGGUCAUUUAUCAGCUAUGACAACGCCACCAAGCAGCUGGACACGGUCUAUGACAUCACUCCUGCCCUGGCCCAGGCGUUUCUGGAGCGGAUCAGCUCCUCCGGUUUUGACAUGAGAAACACCUCCACCAUCCACAGGCUGGGUCUACUGGUUUGUUUCUACGAUGACUUGGAGUUGCUGGAUCCUGCCGUGGCUCAGGUCCUUCUCCACCAGAUGAUCAAGUGUGGCCAUCUGAGGGGCUUCCAGGCUGGAGUCCAGAAGCUCAAGGCCGAACUCCUGGACAUUGCCAUGGAGAACCAGACGCUCAGCGAGGCCCUGGGCUCCUUGUCGGAUGCGGUGGUGGGCUUGAGCCUCUCUCAGCUGGAGUCGCUAUCCCCUGAGGCUGUGCGAGCCGCCAUCUCCACCCUCAACCAGGUCUCUGGCUGGACCAAGAGCCAGAUGCUUGUCUUGUCUGCCAAAUACUUUGCCCAUGAGAAGGCGCCGUCCUGGUCCGUCCACAACCUCAGCCAGGUGGGCGCGCUGCUGGCCGGCGUGGGCGCGCAGGCCUUCUACGGAGCGGAGCGCGCGGGGCUCGCGCAGGUGCUGAGAAGCUCAGUCGCGCGGCACGUGCCAGACCUGUCCCCUGCGCAGCAGCAGGGGAUCCUCAGAAAGAUGAUUGAAGCAGAAGAUUCUGCCUCUGGUAUUGUGGAAAUCCAAGGGGCUUUCUUUAAAGAAGUGUCUCUUUUUGAUUUAUGGCGGGAACCUGGACUCAACCUCACAGUCCUGAAAGAAAAGGAGCUUCGGUGGAGUCAGGCCUUGUUCCUGUAUAAGCUGCUGUCAGAGGCAACACCAAGGCCGGAGGAGCUCCUGAGCACAGGGCAGCUGGUCAAAGGCGUGACGUGUUCCCACAUCGAGUCCAUGAGCCCAGACUUCUUUAUGGCUCAUUUCCAUUAUUUUGAGAACAGUCUCUUGCUGCUUUCACCGUAUCAGGUUAAUUGUUUGGCGUGGAAAUACUGGGAGGCCGCCAGGUCCUCUCUGCCGCCCUUCCUCUUGGCUGCACUCCCGGCUCGCUAUCUGGCUUCUGUCCCAGACUCACAGUGUGUGCCCUUCCUGGUCAGCCUGGGCAGGAGCCAGUUGGACUCGUUGGUUUUAGAUUCCCAUAAGAAGAGUUUGGUCCUCCGAAAAGUACUGCAGUGCCUGAAUAAUUCCGUGGCUGAUGAGUUUGACGUGGAUGUCGUGGGGAAUCUUCUCUGUCACUUGCCGGCGGCCAUCAUCCACCAUGGAGUGUCCCCCAGGGCCUGGGCUACCGCCCUGCAUAGCCUCAGGGACUGCCCAGGCCUCAGCCCAGAGCAGAAGGCCGCAGUGAGGCUCAGACUCCUGGAGCAGCAUGGGCUCCCCCAGAACUGGACAGCUGAGACAACGAAGGACUUGGGACCCUUUCUAGUACUUUUCUCAGGAGAUGACUUAAGCUCUAUUGCCACAAAGUUUCCUGAUAUCCUUCAGCAAACAGCGAGCAAGAUGGUUGGGCAUCUGCUCCCCCGAGAAUUCCUCUGGGCUGUCUUUCAGUCUGUUCGGAACAACAGUGAUUCCCUCCCUGUGCCUCCCCUUUCUCCAGGUUGCCACGGAGGCCUGGCCCCCUCUUCUGAGGACAUCUUCAGGCUGGCGGAAGCCAAUGCCUGCUGGGCCCCUGAGGACUUGCUCUGCAUGGAGGAAGAUACGUUCAUCAGGAAUGUGGAGCUGCUGGGGGCCGUGAGGGGCUUCAGCCAGGCUCAGCUGAUGGCGCUGAAGGAGAAGGCUGUCCAGGUUUGGGACCUGCCUACUUACUGGAGAGAACAUCAUAUCAUCUCCCUGGGGCGCAUUGCUCUGGCUCUUAAUGAGAGUGAGUUGGACCAGCUGGAUCUCAGCUCCAUUGAUACUGUGGCUUCCCUAAGCCAGCAAACAGAAUGGACCUCAGAACAGUCGAAGUCUAUUCUGCGAGGGUUCCUGGAGGAUUCAGGCUACAGUAUCCAGGACUUGAAGAGCUUUCACUUAGUAGGACUUGGUGCACUCCUGUGUGCUAUGAACAUCACUGAAAUCUCAUUGAUAAGGAUCUCAGAAUUCAGGGUGGUGGUGGCCAGAAUUGGCGCCCUGCUCUGCAGCCCCGGUGUCUUGGCUGAGUUUAAGAGGAAGGCGCAAGUCGUGUUUGGAGAUCCCACUGAGUGGUCUGGCUCUGUCCUGCAGGAACUUGGGACCAUCGCAGCUGGAUUAACUAAGGAAGAGCUCCGAAUACUCGACAAGGAUUUGAUGCCAUUUUUCCAGCCAUCAGCAAUCAAAUGCCUUCCUGAUGAGAUAUUCAAAGAGCUGUCCGCGGGGCAGAUCGCGUCCUUGGGCCCGGAGAACGCUGCUGCCGUGACCCCCGCCCAGCGCCGGCAGCUCAGUGUGUUGCAGCUGCAGAGCCUCCAAUGGGCGCUAGAUGGCGCCAAGACUCGCUCCUGGCUGGACGCGCCCCAGAGCGCCAGCCCCACCCGGACGCCCUCUUCGCGUUCAACUCUAGGAGCCUCCACCUCCUGGAGUCUGGGGCUUGGCUGCCCUCUGCUGGUUCUGCUGCCCAAGAUUGCGUGGUGA